GUUGAUGACGCCUGGUGAGAUAAUUUGUUGUUCAAGUGCCAUGGUAACCGAGGCGACUUUGUGGAGCAGUAGUUUGUAAACUGGAGAGCGAUAAUUCAAUAAAGAGAGAUUAUCCAGGUAUUGAUGUCUUGACCACCACAGCACCCCCAACGUCAGCCCCUGCCUCCAUGCCAUAGUUCACAGAAGCAAUGCCCAAGAAGAAGAAGUCUGGCACCACCUCAAAGAGUCCGGGGAAGGAAAAACGCUCGGAGUGUGUGGGGAGUGCGCAGGAUGCCAUUGACAGAGAGGCCCUGCUGCAGAGAAGGUACGAGCAGCUGACAGAUCGUCUGAACGAGCUGAAGAGGAAGGCGGAAAGGCUGCGUCAAGAAAAUGAGUUUCUGCAGCAGGAAUCGCACAAGACCCGCAUGGAGAGCCAAGAGUACAUGGCAUACAUGGCAAAGAGGACCCAGAAGCGUCAGAACGCCAUCAUCACACUGAGUGACCAAAACCACAAGCAGCUGGAGGACAUCCACAGGAAGAAAGAGGAGCUGCUAGCGGAGUUCAAUGACAGGCAAACCGAGCUGAAGAACCAGCUGCUGGAAAAAGAGGGCGAGCUGUCCAAGUUAAAUAAGGAUAUUGCGGCUCUCUGGGAGUGUAAGCACCUCCAACAGGAGCAGAUGAGCCACAUCAAGGAGCUGGAGAAGGAGGUGAUGGAGAUGAGAGCCAAGCACUCAGAGAGCCUGCAGAGCAUCAAGGCACAUUUCCUGCACGAGAAGGUGCACAACGAGAAGCAGUCCAGGCAGAGGGUACAGGCGCUGGCUGUGGAAGCCUCCCGGGAGGCGUCUCGCUGCCUAGUGGAACACACCCACAGUAUCGAGGUGGAGAAUCGGCUUCUGCGGCAGGAGCUGCUGCACCUGAUCCAUCAAACCCAGGUCCUGCACAUCCACCAGGGGGAGCUGGAGGAGCAGAGGCAGCAGCUGCUGAGGGAGAGGCAGUACGUGGAGGACCUCAAGAGGCUGCGUGCACAGAGGCACUUCCACUCUCAACCACCAGGGGGAGGCACACACACCUGACACACACACACACACACGGGCACCACCUCCAGUAGAUUAUGUUCCUGCCAGACCUGCAGAGGUAACAAGCACAAAUUGAUUAAGACACUGAGAAAGACUUCUUGUCAAAUCGUUUGUCAUUGAACCAACGAGCAGGAUCCCAGCCAACACCGAGGGAAUCUGAGAAAAUACGAGAUCAGCAUAAUAAUCCUGUCUGCAUGGGGUUUACCUCUGUGAAUGGGUCCUGUAUUUAUGUUGUUCUAUGAAAUGUAGAAAGCAUUUGUCUGUAUUCUAAAUAAAUACCUUCAU